UACACAUCUUUGCGCGAAAUACGAAAUUUACAUUGGAGUCGAAAAUGGAGACAAUUUUAGGUGCUAAACAACCCGUUUUACAUCCUUUUAAUAAACUCCCGGAGUUGAAUUCAGCCGUUGUGUUGCUGAUAGGAUUCCAGUCUAUCAAGAAGAAAGAGUUGGCUGAAGCCAUGGUGGCACUCAACACUGAAUUCUGCCUUCAAGUCCGUACUGCUACCCAGCUGCCGCUCCCAUCCAUGAAUGAUGAGCAGAGACCUAAGAUUGACCUGAUUGUCUUCAUCCUUGAUGUGAAUGUCAACAUGAGCUUGAAGACUGUUGCCGAUUCAUUGCCACAUUUAGAUCCUACAUACUUCCUUGGAAGGGUUUGUUUUCUAGCUCUUAAUGCCCCCAGUGAGAAGACACAAUGUGCUGAUUUAGGAGACAUUCUAGCUCUAUGUGAUGCAUAUGAUUCACCAUUGAUCUGUGGAGAUCUAGAGACACAAGAACAGAGGGAGUCCCUUGCAAGACGUCUUGUUGAGAUGACAGAGAUAGCUGCUGGAUUUAAGAAUGGUAUAAGCCCCCUCCUUAUCCAGUCUACAAGACGUUCAUAUCAGUUUGUGAAGAGCCUCUAACAAGGUUGAACUGUAAAAGACUGAAAAAACAGUAUACUUGUUGCAGAGUCUUGAGUAAGUUGCCUAAUGCCCACAGCCAUUCAGAUGACACUUCAAGAUGUUAGAACUUGUCGUCAUCUCUUCAAGGAGCUGAGGAUAAUGUCAACUGUAACUCCAGUAUGCUAAGGAAAAUGUACAUUUUAAGGUGUGAAACUUAAAGACCGUCAAUACUACUGGGCCAGAAGGGAAUAGACCACACAGCGAGGUCACUGACGGGUGGCUAUCUCAUUAACUCAGCUCUCAACUAACAUAAGAAAAAGAGGAUCAUGGGGAUCAACAGGUACCGAUUGGGGAAGUUUUCUAUAUAGAGGGAGCAAGUAGCUACAAGUAGGACAGUGGGGCUUUAAGAAUCAUAUUCACCAACUCUUCAAGGUUUUGAUGAUGGUGUCAACCCUAUCUUCAAGGUGUUAACAAAUACUUGUAAUUCUUGGGUGUUGUCAACUUCAGUGCAUAUGUCCAGGCAUUGGGGAGAAGGUCAGUUUUUUUCCUGUGAUAUUGCAGACUUAUAGAGAUUCUGAUUCAGUGAAAUAACCUUUAAAGUGUUACUUUAAGAUAUCAUGUGCUGUAUUUCUAGGGUGUCUAGGCUAGUGUCAACUACAACAUAUAUAUGUUAGAUGUUCAGAUCUUCUGUUUAUCUUCUCCUCCAGAUCCUUAAGGUAAUUUUGUGUAAUCAUUUUGCAUUUUCAUAUUUAUUUAUACUAUUUUACGUUCAUUUUUCUGAUGGUUCUCAUGGUUUCAGAAGAGAAUGUAAGCUCUCUGUUCAUUCAAGAUGUAAUUAAACACAAUUCCAGACAACUGUCCUUGACUGCAUGAGAAUAAACAACAGAUUAAUUGAGACAAAAACAGUGGCUGAACAUAUGUGGGUACUAUAAUGGCAAAAGUUAAAGCUAUGAUAUGGGCCCCAUAUGCGCGAAAUUCAACCUCUGAAGUAAAUGUGCGUUUGUCUAUUUUGAGCUCACUGUAGGGUAAUUUCUCAUGAAGAAGCUGGCAGCUCCUUACAAGUCUGUUUAGGAUGUUUCUUUAGUCAAAGGAACCAGACUACUACAUACACAUGAUAUGUACAUUACCACAUGAGAUUCACAAAAUAUCCAACCUUUCCUGAGUUUCCCCUGAUAAGGCAGUGUCAUGUCACUGCUGCCCAUUUCUCUUUAAACUAUAGAAAAGGCAAAGGUUUCAUGCCCUUAUAUACAUGUACGAAUGCAAAUCAUUUCCCAUUUCAAUUCAUUUAAUUUCUGUGAACUACUUUGCCAAGUGAUCUUCUUCAACCCUUCUCUUCUAAACCUUUUAGUAUAGCUCACUGGCGAGUCACUGAUUAAGAUUGAGAGGAAGGCUGUGCAAUGGCCAUCAUUCUACUCCUCCUUCCAAAUGUUCUCGCUAAAUAUCCCUUCCAAAACAGCUGAUGUACAAUCACUGGUUCCUCAAUGCAGUCCUUCCUAACAUAUCCUUUCUACAAACAGUUGUUUUUUCUUUGUCUCCCAGACAUGGUCUUUAUGAGGGCUUGCCUUGCUUAGCACCUCAUUUUAUGUCAUUGCUAUUGUAAAUGUGUACAAUUGUAUGUAUAUAAGAUUUUUGUAUUUCUUAAAUUAUGAAGUGUAUAUGUAAUUUGUUUGCUGUAUAAAAGAAAAAUGCUUACUUAUUUGUAUGUUUCACAUUAGGAAUCUAAUAAGUUUUUCUUUAACCGUAAAAAAGGAAAUGUUUUUAAUAAAUUCUUCUUUAAAGGUA